AUGCGCUACGCUACGCUCUCCGCGGCCUUCCUGGCCACCGCCACGUCGACCCUCGCCAGCCCCAUGUUCCAGGAGCUGGCGCUGCGCCAGGGCGGCGACGCCAACGGCCUGCUCGACAACCUGCGCAGCAACAACCUCACCAAGCUCGCCGACGUGCUCGCCAACAACACGGCCGUGACCGACGCCAUCAUGGCCGACGACUCGGCAAAGUACUUCCUCGCGCCCAACGACGACGCCGUCACGGCGCUGCCCACCUGGGUCACGGGCAACAGCUCCAUCCUCGAGGCCACGCUGCUCCAGCACGUCCUCCGCGGCGAGUUCAACGCCGACCAGUUCAACAGCUUCCCCCUGCACACCCUCGGACACUCGCUCCUCACCAACCAGGAAUACUCGAAGCUGCCCGGCGGCGCCGGUCAGGCCCUCGCCCUCGCCAAGACCGAGCAGGGCUCCAUCGUUUCCGAGGCCGUCAACAACGACAGCUUCGUCGGAUCGCCCAUCAACUACAACAGCAUCACCAUCCAGCCCAUCAGCCACGCCGUCACCGUCCCCGGCUCGCUCCUCGAGACGCUUGACUACCUCAAGUACGGCGGCCUCCUGCAGGCCGUUGCCGGCGUCAACAACGGCAGCCUGGCCCAGCAGCUCAACUCGCUCUCCGGCAUCACCGUCUUUGCUCCCUCGAACAAGGCCAUCGCGGCGUUCCUUGCCUCGAAGCCCAACGCUUCGGACCUGCCCGCCGUCCUCGGCCAGCACGUCGUCGCCAACCGCGUCCUCUACUCGCCCCUGCUGAUCGACCAGGGAGCCGUCAUCUCGACCUCGGGACAGGACAUCAAGUUUGACAACGGCGCCGGCACCGUGACCGUCGACGGCAAGUCGGCCAAGAUCCUCCAGACCGACAUCAUCUGCGCCAACGGCGUCAUCCACCAGAUCGACACCGUCCUCGCAUCCAACAAGCUCGACGAGGCGCGCGCCAAGCAGGCAGCCGACUCGGCCCAGGCCGCCAUCGACGGUGACCGCGCCAAGUCGAUCGCCGGCCCCGUCACCGGAACCAAUGCCAUCACCUCGCAGGGCACCAACGUCCCCGCCGCCCAGGACGGCUCCGACGCCAACAAGUCGGCCGACCAGAACCAGUCCGGCGCCGGUACCGGCCAGAGCGAGACGGGCGUCGGCAGCAACGGCGAGGCCCUCAACGCACAGAACACCGGCCCCAACGCUAGCAACUUCACCCUCGGCGACAUCGCCGGUGCCGCCGGUGCCGCCGGUGCUGCUGGUGCUGCUGGAGCUGCCGGUGCCGCUGGCGCUGCUGGCUCCGGCAACGGCGGUGACGCCAACGGAAACGGCCAGAACGGUUCCAACGGCAACGGCGGUGACGCUGGCGCCAACGGCCAGAACGGCGGCAACGGCAACGGUGGCAACGGAGGCGAGCAGAACGGACAGAACGGUGGCAACGGCAACGGCCAGAACGGCGGAAACGGCGGCAAUGGCCAGAACGGCCAGAACGGCGGCAACGGCCAGACUGGCAACCAGAACGCCGGCCAGGGCGAGAACUCGGGUGCCCAGCUCACCAUGUCGGCGUUCGGCUUCGGUCUCGCUGCCAUCGUCGCCACCUUCGUCACUCUUUAG